AUGGAACUUCCGCCGGGGUUCUUCUACACUCUCGGCCUGGUGCCUUACUUCACCAUUCCUUCAGUGCUUGUCUUCUAUUCGUUUAGGCUGUUGCAAGCAUACCAGCCAGUCGCCGCCCUGAUCCCUACCUGGGCCAUCGUCAUUGUUGCAAUCAUCGCGCGCCCAGUCUUCUUCUACGUUGGGUGGUACUACAAGGUGUGGCAGGAUAGGAGGACUGCUGCGGCCAAUGGGGCGGUGUUGGCACCCCACAUCAAAGAGUCGGCGUUUGAGAUUAUUCCUGAGUUGAUCUCGAGCAACAGUACUGGGUAUCCUGGUGGAAUGAUUUAUCGGUGGUCGAGGAUACAUGGAUACACGUACCAGCUAAGUCUCAUCACCAGUAGCACCGUCGUUACAAUGGAGCCAGAUCACAUUAAGGCCAUACUUGCAACUCAAUUCGAUUCAUUUGACAAAGGUUCAACCUUCAUCUCCCAGAUGACUUCUCUGCUGGGAACCGGUGUUUUUAAUGCGGAUGGUGAGAUGUGGAAAUUCCACCGUGCAAUGACACGCCCCUUCUUUACUCGCGAAAGAAUUAGCGAUUUUGAUAUCUAUGACCGAAAUUGCGACUUGUCGAUAAAAGCUGCUAAACAGAGGCUCAAGGAAGGGUAUACUGUUGACUUCCAGGACCUUGUUUCGCGCUUCACUCUUGACUCGGCUUCUGAGUUCCUCUUUGGAAAUAACGUAGGCUCCCUCUUAGCCGGGAUCCCUUAUCCUCCAUCAGCAUCCAAAAGAGCGGAUGAGUAUCAUACCCACCCUUCCACCAUUUUUACAAAAGCGUUCUCGGCAGGCCAAUUAAAAUCUGUUGAGCGCAUUGGGUUGGGUAAAGAUUGGCCUCUUGCGGAAUUAUGGAAGGACCACGUUAAACCGUUCAGGAAGGUGAUUGAUGACUUCACAGAGCCAUUGAUGAAAGCAGCAUUGGAGAAACGGGAGCGCGAUAUGAGGGAGAAAGAGAAAAACCCCGAACUGGACGACGAAGAGGAUGUUACUCUAUUGACUCAUCUGGUUAGGCAUACUCAAGACCAAAAAAUCAUCAAAGACGAGCUUGUCAAUUUGAUGGUUGCUGGCCGUGAUACUACCAUGUGCCUCUUGACAUUCUCGAUGUACAUGCUCACUCAACAUCCGGAUAUUGAGAAACGACUUCGCCAAGAAAUAUUUGAUAAGGUCGGUCCCAAUGGUAGGCCAACGUACGAUCAGAUGAGAGAAAUGAGAUACUUGAGGGCUUUCCUUAACGAUUCACUUCUUUUUGUAUGCAUACGUUUUAGAGGUUCUGCGGCUUUAUCCACCUGUGUACGGUCAUAUUUACACAUCCAUACCUCCUUCAUUAAACUGACUACGGUCGAUGACACAUUAUUAGGCCGAACGUCAAACAAAGAUGUUCUGUUACCGACUAAACGGGCGGGACAACCACCAUUGUUUGUCCCCGCGGGUACCAGUAUUCUAGAUAUGCAAAGGAGGACUGAUUUAUGGGGACCGGACGCCUUAAUAUUUGACCCUGAUCGAUUCCUCGACGAAAGAUUGCACAAAUAUCUGACACCUAACCCUUUCAUUUUCACUCCUUUCAACGCUGGUCCUCGUAUUUGCCUUGGUCAACAGUUCGCAUAUCAUGAAGCCACGUUCUACCUCGUUCGUCUACUUCAAAACUUCAAACACUUUACGUUAGACUACGCCACCAAUUCUCCUCCCCCGGCUGAUUGGGCACAAGGGGAAGGGUUGAAGAAAACGGAGAAGGUUUAUUUGCUGGCUCAUCUUACAAUGUAUAUCAAGGACGGCCUUUGGGUUAACAUGGAGGAACUUAACGCGAACUAA